CAACCAUCUUACACCUUCUUCACUAAAAUCACCAUCUCAGAAUACAGCCACUUCUGCUUCUGUGCUUCUGCAUAUCUGUGCUUCUGCUUCUGCUUCUUCUGCAUCAUAUUGUUAAUUUUCUCUGCUAAAUAUGCUCACAUGCACCAUUACUCUUCUCAUCAUAAUUAAUUCAUGAGUGCAAUCACUUUGUAAGUUUUGCCUAAAAGCUACACUCUAGAGACCUUCCUUUCUCCUCAAUCUCAUCCUUUCUUCUCAAAAUCAACACAAAAAUCUCCUACUGUUCUCCUUCUUGAAUGUAUUAGAUAAUGGGGCACCACUCUUGCUGCAACAAGCAGAAGGUCAAAAGAGGGCUUUGGUCACCUGAAGAGGAUGAGAAACUCAUCAACUACAUCACAACUUACGGACAUGGCUGCUGGAGUUCUGUCCCAAAACUUGCAGGCCUGCAAAGGUGUGGAAAGAGUUGCAGAUUAAGAUGGAUAAAUUAUCUGAGACCUGAUUUGAAACGUGGAAGCUUCUCUCCUCAAGAAGCAGCUCUCAUUAUUGAACUCCAUAGCAUUUUAGGGAACAGGUGGGCUCAGAUAGCCAAGCACCUACCUGGAAGAACAGAUAAUGAGGUGAAAAACUUUUGGAAUUCAAGCAUAAAGAAGAAACUCCUUUCUCAUGAUGCUGUCAUUCCUCCUUUAGCCACAUUUUCUGAUUUUCAUCACAGCCCCAUCACUUCCAUGGAAACUUUCUUCCCUUUUACUGCAAACCCUAAUCUCAUCUUAAACUUCCACCAUUUCACAGACCAGCUCUACCUUCCCACCACACCAUCCCCAUUCCUACAAGCUUUUGAUCACAACAAUGAUGUCAAGUUAGGUUUCAACACUUACAAUGCCGAUUUCCUUCAUAUUCAGAAUCCAGCACUACCAGAAACAGCACUACCUUCUUCCAACCCAAAUGAAGAAAAUCAAAUCUCCAAAAGUGACACCACCUCGGACUAUGUUCUUGACAGAUUCAUCAACCCAGCAGCAUUGCAGCAACAUGAAUAUCUCUUGGUAGAAGAACCCCUUGUGCCUAUAGUCGGUGAGAACAUUGAGGAUAAUUAUGUUUGCAGCAUCCCAUUCUCAUCCACUCCCCAAGAACAACACGAGACUACAGCAAAAUUUCAGUGUUAUCCACAAGAUCUAGCUGUGGCAGUGAACCAAUUAGAGUACAUUGAUGCCUUCAUGUCAUUGUUGCCAUCUUCAACAGUUUCAAGCACCCAAAAAGUCCCAAACCCUAUUAUUCCCUCAGGAUGGGAGCCUUGAACAUUGGUACUAUUUAUAGAUAUAAAUUUAAUUUUAUCUAUAUAUAGUACAUUUAAUUAA